AUGGCUGAGCCUGAGAAAAUCCCUGAACCAGCCCCACGACGAAUCUUCCAGGAGAGACAGAGGAUUACUGCUCUGCCCCUGUACUUUGAAGGGUUUCUAUCUAUCAGACAUGCACGGUACCAGGAUUUUGAACAGUACUGGACAGAACUCAGAGGAACUACACUUUUCUUUUAUAGUGAUAAGAAAACCCCAACCUAUUUAGAGAAAUUAGAGCUGACGAAUUUGACAUCAGUAGUGAACGUUUAUCCAGAUGAAAAGUGUGGUGCACAGUUUAUCCUGAUGCUGAGAAAUGAGAAAGUGGAGCUGAAGGUCGAGGACGAUGACAGUGGGGAGGAAUGGAAAGGCUUUAUCCUCACAGUCACACAGUUGUCCGUUCCCAUGUGUAUAUCACUGCUACCUGGACAGCUCAUUAAGUUGCAUGACGUGCUAGAGAAAGAAAAGAAAAGGAGGACUGCAAUGGAACAGUCACCCAGUGCAUCUUUGAGCACAGAGAAGACAAACAAUGGAGACGACGUUAACCUACUGAACACUAUGCCAGAGUGCUUCUAUGCAGUGUCACGGCAGAAAGCGAUUGAGAUGUUAGAGAAGAAUCCUUCUUGGGGAAACUUGAUCCUGCGGCCUGGUAGUGACAGUAAGAACUACUCAGUCACUAUCAGACAGGUGAUAGAUGGUCCAUGCAUAAAGCACUACAGAGUGGUGAACAUGGGCAAAGGUUACACCAUUGAACUGGCAAGACCAGUUAUACGCCAGAGCCUUCAUGAUGUCAUUGAUUACUUUGUGAAUCAAACCCAAGGGAGCUUGAAGCCAUUUGUCACACACACGUAUGACAACAAAUUGGCCGGACUUUCUUUAGAGCAUGUCCCAAGAGAGAUGCACCCGGCGAUUGUCCCUCAGCCCAGAGCCAAGCCUCCCCGGAGACCUAUUCCUGAGAAAGUAGCAGCACCACUUCAGGAGUAUCCUGUAGCCAGAUACGUGCCUGAAACUCUUGGCAAAGAGAUGAAAGAAAGAGUGAAGAGACAAGCAGCUGACAGACAACGUGCAAAUCAACCUCUUUGA